UUCCUAACUCUUGAGCCAACCCAUCUCAAUCAUGGUGAUGUUCAAGAAAAUCAAGUCUUUUGAGGUGGUCUUUAACGACCCAGAGAAGGUGUACGGCAGUGGGGAGAAGGUGGCUGGCAGGGUGAUAGUGGAGGUGUGUGAAGUGACUCGAGUCAAAGCCGUCAGAGUCCUGGCUUGUGGAGUAGCCAAAGUCCUGUGGAUGCAGGGCUCACAGCAGUGCAAACAGACCUUGGAGUACCUGCGCUACGAAGACACGCUUCUCCUGGAAGACCAGCCGACAGGUGAGAAUGAGAUGGUGAUCAUGAGACCUGGAAACAAAUACGAGUACAAGUUUGGCUUUGAGCUUCCUCAGGGGCCUCUGGGAACAUCCUUCAAAGGAAAAUAUGGAUGUGUAGAUUACUGGGUGAAGGCUUUUCUUGAUCGUCCUAGCCAGCCAACACAAGAGACAAAGAAAAGCUUUGAAGUGAUGGAUCUAGUGGAUGUCAAUACCCCUGAUUUAAUGGCACCUGUAUCUGCUAAAAAAGAGAAGAAAGUUUCCUGCAUGUUUAUUCCUGAUGGGAGAGUGUCUGUAUCUGCCCGAAUUGACAGAAAAGGAUUCUGUGAAGGAGAUGAGAUUUCCAUCCAUGCUGACUUUGAGAAUACAUGCUCCCGCAUCGUGGUCCCAAAAGCUGCCAUAGUAGCCCGCCACACUUACCUUGCUAAUGGCCAGACCAAGGUGCUGACGCAGAAGUUGUCAUCAGUCAGAGGCAAUCACAUUAUCUCAGGCACGUGUGCAUCGUGGCGUGGCAAGAGCCUUCGGGUGCAGAGGAUCAGGCCCUCCAUUCUGGGCUGCAACAUUCUUCGAGUUGAAUACUCCUUACUGAUCUACGUUAGUGUCCCUGGCUCUAAGAAAGUCAUUCUUGACCUGCCCUUGGUCAUUGGCAGCAGGUCAGGUCUGAGCAGCCGGACAUCCAGCAUGGCCAGCCGAACCAGUUCCGAGAUGAGUUGGAUAGAUCUCAACAUCCCUGAUACCCCAGAAGCUCCUCCUUGCUAUAUGGAUAUCAUUCCUGAAGAUCACCGACUGGAGAGUCCCACCACCCCCCUGCUAGAUGACACAGAUGGUUCUCAAGACAGCCCUAUUUUUAUGUAUGCUCCUGAGUUCAAGUUCAUGCCACCACCUACUUACAGUGAGGUGGAUCCCAGCAUCCUCAACAACAAUGUGCAGUGAGCGCGUGAAAGAAAAGAAGCAGCUGUACCUACUUGUUUCUUUCUGACUCUCUUCCUGCACUCUCACAUUUUCAGAGACUCAACAGUCUCUACAGUGGGGUAUGGGUCCGCCCCAGCCUCUGACUCCCCGUUGUAGGAGGUGAUCAGCAGGCCAUCUACUGGGCCUUGAGCAGUGUGGAUUCGUCCUUAGCCAGCGCCAGUGUUGUGAUAUAAGGGUGUUUGCUGGAUGGAUUUAAAAACACACUAGAAAAACCUCAGGCUUGUCUGGUUUCUCUCAGAUCUCCUUGAAAAUUGA